AGCAUGGCAUAGCCGUCAAGAACCUCGGACUGGCUCGUCCCUGCCAAGCCUCGGAGUUCAGGCCGAUCCGGGGAGAGAGUGCGAUGGAUUUGAGAUUAACACGGAACGAUUGGCUGCAGUCGCAAGAAAGAUAAGCAGACCUGCUUGAUCAUCAGUCAUGGAUUUGUCCUUCGGCGUUCAGAUCUUAUCGUGCAGCGAUCGUAGCCGUACUCGGCCGAAAUCCGAGUCCAAAGCUUAGUACAGCCUGCUCCUCAUCCUUAGCUUCGAUGGCGUGUCUGCUUACCGAAGGGACUGGUGAUCGAUAAAUCCUCCGUACUACUGGGAAGAUUGUGAGCCCGUGUAAAUUGAAAUUGCAACUGACCGACCGCCAAAGACACCUCUCUUGCGCUCAACAUUGUAUGAAGUCUGCGUUCUGAUCCUACCGUCAUACUGGGACAUAUAGAGUCAUGCAGACCAUCUCUCGACUCCCUCGGGCCUUCCCCGCAACUCCCCGCGCGCUCCAAAGCCGACCCAAAUCUCCCAAGUCACACGCAGUCUCAUGCUCCCAAUUCGCUCAAUUCGCCCGAUGGAACAGCUCCAGCACACAAAAUAACGGAAGUCACGGCUCCAAGUCUUCGGGGAGUGCUCCCAAUGCAUGGUCGCUAAACCGAACGCUCCUUGCAUCGGCGCUGGCAGCGGGUGUUGGCUAUGGGUUCGCUUCCUCAAAACAUUCGUCUCAAAUACCAGGCACCCAAAAACCCCAGUAUGGGUCGACGAAAGAUUUUGAGAAGGUGGGAGUCAUCCUAGAAUGUAACUUGUUUCAAUGCGAAGGACUAAUGGGUGUCGCCGAACCAAUAGGCCAUUACCGAAUUGCGCGCGAAGCUCGGCGAAGAAGCAAUCAGCGUCGACGAAGACGACCUUCAACGACAUGGGUUUUCGGAAUGGUCCAGUAUCAAUGCGGAUCGAUUGCCAGUCGCCAUUGCAUAUCCAACCAGUACGGAGGAUGUUUCGGAGAUUGCGAAGAUCUGUCACAAAUAUAAGAUGCCAAUGGUUCCCUACUCCGGAGGUUCUAGCCUUGAAGGCAAUUUCUCCGCUCCUCACGGCGGGAUGACCAUUGAUUUCGGUCUCAUGAACAAAAUCAUCGAGCUUCAUGAAGGCGAUUUGGACGUCGUGGUUCAACCAUCUAUCCAGUGGAUGGAGCUGAAUGAGAAGAUCAAGGACAGCGGACUCUUCUUUCCCGUCGAUCCAGGCCCGUCCGCAAUGAUAGGCGGUAUGGUCGGAACAAACUGUAGUGGCACAAAUGCAGUGCGGUAUGGAACCAUGAAAGACUGGGUUAUCAAUCUCACAGUCGUCCUAGCGGACGGCCGAAUCAUGAAGACGCGCAGACGCCCCCGGAAAACCUCUGCUGGAUACAAUCUGACGGGAUUGUUUGUGGGCUCCGAGGGAACGCUGGGCAUUGUGACUGAGGCCACCCUCAAAUUGACCCCGAUUCCGGAAGAAACCCGUGUCGGAGUUGUCGCCUUCCCCACGAUGCAUGAUGCCGCAUCGGCUGCUAUGCAGUUGAUUCGGAAAGGCAUCCCGGUUCAAUGUAUGGAGAUACUAGAUGAUGUCCAAAUGGAUGUGAUUAAUCGAGCCGGUGGUACAGGACGGGAAUGGAAGACACUGUCCACGCUCUUCUUCAAAUUUUCCGGUACGAGUGCUGGCGUCGCCGAUAGCAUCAGCCUGACCAAGGCUCUGGCCAAGCAAAACCAUGCCUCGUCCUUCGAGUUCGCGAGAAAUGAGCGAGAGGCAAAUGGCCUAUGGUCGGCCCGAAAACAAGCCCUAUGGAGUAUGAUGGCGCUGCGAAAAGAAGGCUCGGAAGUAUGGUCCACCGACGUAGCCGUGCCAGUCUCAAGACUCCCGGACAUUAUUGCUAUCACCAAGAAAGAGCUAGAUGAUCUAGGCUUGUUUGCAAGUAUUCUUGGGCACAUUGGCGAUGGCAAUUUCCAUUCCAGCAUCAUGUUUGAUCGCAAAAACCCCGAAGAGCGGGAACGAGUCGAGAAGUUUGUUUACGACAUGGUUGACCGAGCUCUCGAGAUGGAGGGCUCCAGCACUGGCGAACAUGGUGUUGGUUUGGGUAAGAAGAAGUCCCUUAUGAAGGAGCUCGGCCCCGAGACAAUUGAUGUAAUGCAUAGCAUCAAGACCUCCCUUGACCCUCACUGGCUGCUAAAUCCUGGGAAAAUCUUCGAUCAUCCAAGCGAACCAUAAGGAAUUGCUAUCAAGAUAAGCACUAUGGUGCCUGGUUGCGGGCGAAAACAUAUUCCGCUAUUUUAGGCCGGUUAGACAUGCGGAAAGCGGUCUAGUUGAGACUCAUGAUUUUGCAUAUCAUUUUUCAUAUCAGGUAGACAAAAUGUAUAGAGAACGAAGGAAUUCGCGCUUUAAUCAUUGGAUCAUGAUACCUCUAGACGAUGGAUUUGGAGGAGAAAACAAGGGGGCGUUGAGCCAAUGACAACGCAAACUGCAUUUGGUUACGCUGGUGGCUGACUCAUCGCGGGGUGAUCUCCUUCAGAGCGAUAUCGCAGUUUGCGUCUUGAUUGCCACAAG